ACGCUUUGGGUAUAAGGUUUACGUUUGGUCACCGUGGUGACAGCUACCCAAUAGGAAUAUUUCUCACUUUUCUUUAGUUUACGUUAACUACACCUAUAUUUAUAUGUUAUUCAAGUGAUUUCUUCUUUAUUCGCUCAAUUUUGUGAUGGCAAGAACGCUUGUUUGUUUGCGAUACUUUCUCAUCGGUGGUGCUAUUGUCGUGGGUGUAUGCGGUCUCAUAGAGAGUAUUUGUGCGAGUUAUUUCAUAUAUCAACUGUAUGAAUAUUCACCCCUUACUCCCAGUAAUGUCUGCGGGGCACCGAUAACGUUGCUAGUGAUGGGGCUGAUAACGUGUACGAUAGGCUGGUGUGCCUGGCAAUUUUUAGAUUUCACCAACACCGGUCAAGUCAUAAUUUUUUCCAUAUCGCUGAUCAUUAUAACGAUCGCAAAUACAAGUGCUGGGAUUUGGACUCUUGUUAGACACGAACAGGUAGAUCUGUUACCAACUGCGGAUCUAGAACAGGUGUUCAAACAUGCCAUUUCGGAUGAUAAAUCUCUUUGGGAUCAUAUGCAUUCCAAGUUGCAUUGCUGUGGAAUAAACGGUCCAGCUGAUUAUCACGGCCAGGAUGCAAUUCCAUGGUCUUGUUGCGAUACGACGUCAGGUGCAAAUCCCAGUGAUAAUAAAGGCGUGUGUGCUACACUGUACGCAAGAGGUUGCCAACAUGUAGUAAUGAAGCGUACCAGAUCGAUUCUUCUUCAUGUUUUCUUGCUCGCAUUAUGUACAAUUUUAUUACAGGUUUGUUUCAUUACAUGCAUGAGUUGUUACGUGAAGGCUUGCCGUGAAAGGAGAGAAAGAAGAAAGGAAAUAAUAAGUGCGUCGCAAUCAUUUGCACGUGCAUCGAAAGACUUAGGAACUAAUGAUAAUCUUCUUGGACAACAGAUGAAAUAUUCCAAAGCAGCGACUGAUAUUUGACGAUCGAUACUUAAAAAUAAUCAUUAUAUACUAAUUUAUAACGA